AUGUCUAAAAUUGCUGUCAAGACCACCUUUGAGGCACACAAGACCAUACAGCCGAUAUACACUGGCGGAAGUGUUUCGCUUGAUGCUAGUGGCCGUUUGCUGGCAACAUGCAUUGGAGAAGAUGCCUUGGUAAUUGAUUUGGAAACGGGAGAGAGAUUGGCGCAGAUUGAAGGCGAUGGCGAACUUAUCACCAGUAUAUCCAUAUCCCCCAAUGGGUCCCAUCUAGCUCUUUGCUCGAGGUCACUCUCCAUGCGAAUAUUUUCCCUAAAACCCUCCGAGGAAUCCUCUGGUUCCAUUCAAGCAGAGCUCCUCCGAUCGCUCAAGCCACAUACUACUCCCGUCGUUACAACCACAAUUGAUCCCACGAGCUCCCUUCUUGCGACCGGUAGUGCGGAUGGUUCGAUAAAAAUAUGGGACCUUCGAAGAGGAUACGCAACGCAUACCUUCCAUGGCCACGGAGGAGUGGUUUCAGCUUUAUGUUUCUUUGAGAUUCAGCUAGAGAAGCUCGCGGUGAAGCAAAAACCCCAGUUCAAAAACAUACAAUCCAACGAUAGUGAUUUGCCCGACUCCAUGACAUCAGGGUUUCGCUUAGCAUCUGGAAGUGAGGACGGCAAGAUCCGGAUUUGGGACCUACACAAAAGAAAAUCUGCCGCAUCUUUAGACUCCCAUGUUUCUGUCAUACGCAGCCUAUCAUUCUCCAAAUCAGGGAAUACUUUGCUAUCCGCAAGUCGAGAUAAAACGGUCAUUAUCUGGGAUGCUGGAACAUGGGAUUGCAAAAGGAUCAUACCAGUUCUUGAGAGUGUUGAAGCGGCUGGAUUUAUAUCCGAUGGUCCGCUAUGUUACAUCGGUGGUGAGAACGGUCGGUUGAGAGUCUGGGAUUCGAGUAGAGGCAGCGAAGUUACGGAAGAUCAGGCAGUGGGAAGUGAACAGGAGAGUGUUGUCACAGUUCAGUAUUCUGAAGGGCUACCAUUUAUCCUCACGGUUCAUGUGGACCAAUCUCUAAAACUUCACUCUCUUGAGACAUUGUUCUCAUUAACACCAGGUGCCAAAAUUGAACCUCUUUCUGUCACGCGACAAAUUGCCGGCAACGAUGACGAGGUUAUUGACAUGGCUUGUAUUGGCCGAGAUAGGUCUUUGCUUGCACUAGCUACCAACUCAGAAUAUAUACGGAUUGUCCGAGCUCAGCCUAUGGACGGAGUCGAUGAGUCCCAGAACCACUUUGGAGUAGACAUCGCUCGGCUGGAGGGCCAUGAAGAGAUUAUAAUAUGCCUUGAUGUUGAUUGGUCUGGAAAUUGGCUGGUAACCGGUGCCAAAGAUAACAGUGCACGACUAUGGAGGGUUGACCCAGUCAAUUCGUCUUUCACUUGCUUUGCAAUCUUCACUGGCCAUGCCGAAUCUCUGGGAGCAAUCGCUUUUCCAAGGUCCGCACCUGCUGCUGGUACCCCUGCCUUUGAGGAUCCUCUCAACCACCCACCUCCUUUUUUCCUUACUGGUUCCCAGGACCGAACCAUCAAGCGAUGGGAUACGUCCAAACUCAGCGUCACAGCAUCAAAACUUCAUACCCCAAAGGCCCUCUAUACACGAAAGGCCCAUGACAAGGAUAUAAAUGCACUUGAUGUGAACUAUUCAUCUACGCUGUUCGCGUCCGCUUCCCAAGAUCGUACAGCGAAGAUAUGGUCGGUCGAGGACGGUUCUGUUACUGGUGUCCUUCGUGGCCAUAAAAGAGGUGUAUGGUCCAUUCGAUUUGCUCCGAAAGAUACACCAGUUUCCACCACCGCUUCUGGGGCAAAUGGUAGAGGAAUAGUUGCCACAGGUUCUGGAGACAAGACCAUCAAAUUAUGGAGUCUUUCUGACUACAGCUGUCUUCUAACAUUCGAAGGCCAUGCUAACAGCGUACUAAAAGUACUAUGGCUUCCCCCACCACGUAUUUCCGAGUCAGAUGAAGAUAUAUCUUCUCGAGGGGCUGCACAAACGAGUCCCCUUAUCGCCUCUGCCGGUGCCGAUGGGCUAGUGAAGAUAUGGUCUCCAUUCACAGGCGAGGUAGAAACGACUCUAGAUAACCAUACUGACCGUGUUUGGGCUUUGGCAACGCCAUACGCACCCUCAUCUACCACAUCCACACAAACAAAUACUCGAGAAAGUCACCUAGAUUUUUCCUUGAUAUCCGGUGCUACCGAUUCGGUGGUGACUUUCUGGAAGGACACAACAUCUAGCACACUGUCUGCUGCUGUAACAGCAAGUUCCGCUCGCAUCGAGCAGGAUCAACAGCUUCAAAACUAUAUUCAUGCAGGUGCAUAUCGCGAAGCCAUCACGCUUGCUCUCCGGCUAAACCAUCCAGGACGAUUAUUAUCCCUCUUCACCAGUGCUAUCGAUGCCAAUGACGAUACAGCCGAGCGGGGGCCUGAUAAUUUGACCGGAAAUCCUGACAUCGACGCUGUUCUCAAGUCACUCGAUCAUGAACUACUAUAUAUUCUCCUAAUCCGUCUACGGGACUGGAAUACGAAUGCUCGAACGGCACGAGUAUCACAACGCAUCUUGUAUGCACUUUUUAGAUCAUACCCUUCAUCUACCUUUAUUGAACUUGCUGGCCGAAAGAAUGCUUUGCCAGCCGAUGGCAAGGCCGAGAAAUCGGCUGCCAUGAAAGAUAUUUUAGAUGCACUAGCUGCAUACACGGAGAGACAUUACAGGAGAAUAGAAGAGCUUGUCGAUGAGAGUUACCUGGUGGAAUGGGUGCUCGGCGAGAUGGAUGGAGGUGUUGGAAGCGCCGCACCAGCGUUAAAUGGAACAGACGCGGAAGACAUCAUUAUGAUCUAA